CCAGCCCCUGGCGGGGGUGACUCGCCGGCCACCGGCCUCGGCCCUGCCGCGCUCCUGCCGAAUCUGCGAGGACGUCCGGUUCCGCAGAGUCGGGCCUGCCCGGGACGCCUCUCGAACCCCGGGACCGCGGGAAUGGAGCUGGCCCAAGCUGUGCGUCCCCAGGGCCUGGCCGCAGCUGGCUGCAGACACUGCCCCGGGCUGGCGGCAUUUCCAUCGUUUGGGAUGUUUGCCUGCUGGGAAGUGAAGGAGAUCACAGAGAGAGAGUGAGUAGCUAAUAAAGGGUGUGUGCAGCAUGGCUGUAACUGGUGUCAGACUACUCACUGGUGCUCUAAGAAAGCCGGAUGCCUGGACCAGACUCUGGGGUGCGCUUCAAGGGACAUCUUCACACAAACUCUGUGCUUCCUGGAAUCGAUACUUAUAUUUUUCUAGUACCAAGCUAAACACAUCAAAUUAUAAAACACUUUUCCGUACCAUUUUCCCUCUGCGGCUCCCAGGGCUUUCAGUAUCUCCAAAAUGUAUUUGUCCAUUUUCUGUACGACUCAAAAGCAAUAUAAGCUCCAAAAAGUCCACUAAAAAGACUCUGCAAAAAGAUGCAGAUGAAGAGGACUCUGACGAGGAGAUCCAUCACCCUGAGAGGAGUGAGCAGGAAGAAGAACUUGAGGAUGACCCCGGUGUGGUCAAGGACUACAAAGACCUGGAGAAAGUGGUACAGUCUUUCCGGUACGAUGUUGUCCUGAAGACGGGCCUUGAUAUUGGGAGAAACAAAGUGGAAGAUGCUUUCUACAAAGGCGAGCUCAGGCUGAACGGGGACAAGCUGUGGAAGAAGAGCAGAACGGUGAAGGUGGGAGACACCUUGGAUCUCCUCGUUGGAGAGAACAAAGAGACAGGGACUGAGGUGGUGAUGCGGGUUCUCCUGAAAAGCGUCUCUGAGGAGAAGACCGAAAGCGACAAGCACCGGGUGCUGUUGCGACGGUGGAAGAACUUGAAGCUGCCGAAGAAGACGACGACGGCAUCGUCGUCUAAAUAACCAUGGCUUCUCCACGGCUGCGCCCCCUUGUCGGGGCUGGCCUAAGGAGAGGACGUUUGUACUGAAAUAAAGUUCUCCUGUCCCUGUGGAA